AAAAAUCGCUUUAGUUAUUAUGGCUGAAGAAGUAGGAGAUUCUGUCUGCAUCAUUGAUUCACCUAACCAAAGUCCUAAUGAUGGAAGGAGAGCAACCUUCGACUUCGCUGCUUUACAAUUGAUUGAACAAGAACACAGAGCAAGUACAAAUCCAAGCCCAAGAUUCCAGAGGAAAGGAAGAACUACAUCUUCAGCUUCUCAGAGUAGUGACCCGAGAGCGAGGUCUACGGUACCGAGGAUACAGUGCCCUGAUCUUACUGCUACCCUUAUCGACAAGGUAGAAGAGUGGUUGUCGGAGCAGCAAGAUAUGCAGGCUCAGCAGUCUCCCAAACAUUUUGACAAUAACCCUAACAGGUUUUUGUGGGAGCUCAAAAAAUCUGUGUCGACUCCCGUCCUGAACAAAAGUCGAACUCCAUCCACCACUAUUCCCCCGUUUCCUAUUAAUAGUGUAGCACCAUCAGUUACCUCUGAAGCUCCAUCGGUCAAUCAUAUCGCACAGACGACGAUGGGGAACUCCACACUGAGCCCCCUUGACGAAAGACAGAUCAGAAGAUUGAUAGGAGAUAGCCGACUUAUACUACUGCCCCUUUACCAGGCUUCAGUACACGGGUUUGAUACUCAUGUCUUCCAUUCUUUGUGUGAUAAGCGUGGUCCUUCUGUUACCAUAGUGACCUUAUCUUCAGGGCUGUGUUUUGGUUGCUACACGAGUGCUGGGUGGUUCAGCCGGGGGGAGCCGGUAAACGACAAGAAAGCAUUCCUCUUUAGAGCAAAAGAUCAUCUCUGUGAUGAGCUCAAGAUAAGCGCAACUCAGUCUGAUACUGAUCUCCACAUUUACGACGACCCUGAUUUGGGUCCGUUCUUUGGUUCCUCCGCUAAGCCUACACUUCGUCUUUUUUGUAAAGUUUACGGAGCAAAGAGUGCUCAGGUGUACUCAGGAGGGCCCUUUGAGGGAGGCUCCCUCUUAGAUCUUACUGGAGUAGAAGAGGGACAGAUAGAAGUUACUGAUAUUGAAGUGUUUGAUGCUAGCCAGAAACAUCUUCCAUUUCUCGAAAGGCCGUGGCGAGAAGUUACUCUCAACCAACCGACAACUCUGGCGGAAAGCAUAAACUACUUCGUAAAUUAUAAACCAGAGUUCUGUCAGAUCGAAUUCAUCAACGUUCUUCUACUAGGACCUAUCGGAUCUGGUAAAAGCAGCGUAUUCAACACUUUCGAGAGCACAUUUAAAGGUCACAUAACGUCGAGAGCAAGGACUGGAGAUGGAUCAACAGUCACGACUAAACAGUUUCGUAGAUACAUGAUGCAACCUCAGAGGUCUAAAGAUCCUCUCAACAUAAGGAUCUGUGACACUCCUGGUUUAUCCCUAAAUAAUAUUUCCUCUACAGAUCUAGUUUACAUGAUGGAUGGACACCUUUCCGAUAGGUUUAAUCUGACCGGAGGAAACCUCAUUACCAACCGUUCUCCUGGUUUCAACAGUGACACAUCUAUCCGUGACGAGAUGCACUGUAUAGCUCUGGUUUUAGACGCUACUAAAAUACCAGCCAAAGACACGCCACUUCACUCGAAGAUUCUCGAACUCAAAGAACAAAUGGACGCGAGAGACAUCCCAAUCCGAGUACUUCUGACGAAAACGGACCUAGCAUGCAAGUUGGUAGAAUCAAACCUGUCCUACAUCUACCGGAGCUGCACUGUAACUGACAUAGUCGAGAUGGUGUCCACAUCAUUUUCUCUCCCUAGAAACUACAUCUACCCUAUGAAAUGCUAUGAACACGAAAUAAAACCAGUUCAGAAUAUUGGUAUUCUGGCUCUAAGCGCAUUCCGUCAAAUCCUCUACGCAGCAGAGUCUGGACUUGAGGAUCGAGAGAGUUUACAAUGUGCCGAGCUCGCUCAGAAACUGAGAUCAGGAUCCAACCUUAGUGGUGGUUCAGUUCCCGCAGGGAGCUCGUUGGGAAGUCAGCUGAUGAGCAGAGACAGGUCUGCCUCAGACAACACUGGGUCUCCAGUCUUCAGGAGGUCCAACAGUGCCGUCGUAGUUCAGACUCAAGUUUAUCAUCACAGUGAUAGCAUGAGGCACAGGCAUUCUCUCGACUUACAACGGGCUGAUCCUGGAGCGAAAUAAACUUUGUGGAAUUGAAGUGUUUGGCCUUGUUUUGGCCUUGUUUUGGCAUAGUAAUUGUGUUUGACCUGUUGUUAUACGGCGACAAAGCUCCCAAAAUUUUCUUUUGAACCGUCCCUAAUAAUGAUAAUGACGAAGGAAAAUGAAAAUGAGGGUACGACCCAUUGAAAGGUCAGACUGCUCCAUGUUGGCAGGUGUAUUGUUUGGUUGGUAAUAUAAUAAUGACGAACAUAUAUACUACACUGGCCUCCCUGAACCUCCUUUUGUGGGGCAACAACAAUGUUAGGGGUGCUCCAGUGUGUGGUGAGUCAAUGAGAAUCGUAUGAAGCGAAUAACUGUACGCUUUAUUCAGAACUUAUUGUAUGUACAUGACAAUGAACGCCAGACAAUGAACAUCAUUCAGUCGAACCUACCUCUGCAGCUACUUUAUUUUACUGUGAGCAUAAGUUUUGUAUCUUUCUUACAUUGCGGGGCCAAUUGCUGCCCCCAGUUUUUUGGAAGGACAAUGCUUUUGGUGUGGGUGCAGUGUUUAAAUUUACUUUCGCCUUCAGAUUCCUUAGCCCAGUGCUCAUUUGCUCAUUAUGAUUUGCAAUAAAAUUGAUGUCAUUUUCUGAUUAUGAAUGAGUAUAUACUGCAAUGUAAGAACGAUCUCAUGAAUGAAUUGUUUGAAAGGACAAGAAAAUUAAAACAUGUUAAUCUUGUAAGUGUUGUCGUUGAUAAUGUAUAAUUUAUGGAAUUUCAGUCUAAAUAUAAACUUAAAUCAAUAACCCACAACUUAUUGAUUACGUACGUUUAAGUUCGUCCAUGUUUAACUAGUUUUGAUCAACAGUGUGGACCGAUUUUAAGGACUGAUAGCACUUCCAAGUGCAUUUUUAUACUGUUCUUAUUAUCAAGAAUG